AUGGGUAGCCGUGUCCUCCCUCCUCCAUGCUGUGAGGGAUGGGCCGUGCUGCGGCUGCACGGUAGGGAGCUGCUGGGGGGCAGUGGUGGGUGUUCAAACGAUGUUCCCCUGGACAAAGCCGAGGCUGAGAGCGAAGACCUGACCUCGUGUUUCGUGAUCCGUGAGGUGUCACGCUGGCUAGCUUGGAAGGGUUUGAAGGAAACCAAGAAGCUGCCCGUCGACCGGAACGAAUGGGAAGGCUAUUUUGAUGAGAGUGGCCACCUGGUGAAAUCCUGGGAUUUUAUUUCAUCCAUCAUCCUCGACAGGGGCCUGGACCCGUCCGUGAGGUCAGAAGCGUGGAAAUUCCUCACCGGGUACUACCCGUGGAGCAGUUCGCGAGACGAGAGGCUCACGGUUGAAAGCACGAGGAGGAAGAAUUACGAGUCCUUGGUCAAGAUGUACGACAAGAUACAGCCGUUGCUAGAGACAGAGGACAGGGGUUUCUCUCAAGUCUGCAGAUUUAUUAACUCAGACCUGCAGAGACUGUACACAAGAGAUGCUCAAGGCCAAACCAGGGUGGACAAGAAGCAGCUGGAAAAAAUCCUCUUGCUAAGCUAUGUGUGCAACAUGGAGGCUGAGUACCAGCAAGGCUUUCACAAGAUGCUCCUGCUCUUCCAUCUUCUAGCUGAGCAGGAACAUGAGAUCUACUGGCUCUUCCAGUUCUUCCUCCAGAAAACAGAGCACAGCUGUGUGAUGAACAUAGGUGUGGGGAAGAACUUGAUCAUGCUGAAGGCAUUGAUUGCAUUUAUGGAUCCCGCCUUUGCAAAACACCUGGAAGGAAAAGGCACACAAGUUAUUCAGUCACUGUUCCCCUGGUUUUGCUUCUCCUUCCAGCGAGUGUUCAAAUCCUUCUACGAUGUCUGGAGGCUCUGGGAGGUUUUCCUGACAGGGAAGCCCUGCCGAAAUUUCCAAGUGAUUGUGGCCUACACGCUGCUGCAGACUGUGAGAGACCAGAUCCUGCGGGAGAACAUGGGUGGAGAUGACAUCCUGAUGCUCUGCGGGAACCUUGUAGACCUGGAUGCUGACCAGCUGAUCUCCGAAGCCUGCUCCACCUACGACCGCCUCCUGGAACAUGCGGACAAGGUGCCGGCUGCGCUGAUGGAGUUCUUCACCCAGGCAAGGAAAUAGAAGCGGGAGACAAG